GAGUUCCACGCAUGCUCAGUGGGUGUUGUUUUGGUCGUUAGAUGUUGUUUUGAUGAAGACGCGUCAUUAUGUCGGUGAAACACACCAUAAUUCGCGGGCUGGAGCUGGGUCGCUCUUUCUUUCAGCUGGGUCUCCUAAAAUCAUGUGGACGGGUCGCGGCCAAACUCCGAACCGACCGACUUCGUGUGGCCCAGUCGGGCCGCGUAAUUCAGCCCCGUGUUUUCUUGCCGUCUCGGUACCGGUAUUACCGGACCUCCCUUAAGGGCUUGGCAUGUCAGCUUCAGUCCGCCGGGUUAAGGAGGGGGUUGACGGGAGGGUCCCCGCGGAGCAGGGCCGUGUUUCUAGCCUUCAGUGUCGGUGUCGGGCUGGUGGAGCAGCAGCUGGAGGAGGACCGGCAGAGCGCGGCGACAUGCCGGGACAUCCAGGCAGUAUUCCAGAAGAAAAAUUUCCGUAGCCCUCUCAGAUCAUUCACUUCUGGAUACAAACUGGAAGAUUACAUUAUAGGAAACCAAAUUGGUAAAGGCUCAAAUGCAGCUGUGUAUGAAGCUACAGCUCAGUUUGAUUACCCAGAGGAGCAUGAUGAUGUGAGCUCACCGGUGCAGGUAAAAGAUGAUGAAGAGAAAAUAGAGACCGUACAGUCUUCAGCAUGUUGCAUYAGAAACUUCCCCUUGGCUAUCAAGAUGUUGUGGAACUUUGGGGCAGGGUCUUCAAGUGAGGCAAUAUUAAAGUCCAUGUCUCAGGAGCUGGUGCCUGCUGGUCCUCUUGCAUUAAAACAGGAAAAGGAGCAGAUAAUACUGGAUGGACAUUUUGGAGUUCUGCCUAAAAGAGUCUCCGCUCACCCUAAUGUGAUCAGAGUGUACCGAGCUUUCACAGCAGAUGUGCCGUUGCUAAAAGGUGCCCAGGAAGAGUAUCCAGAUGUUCUGCCAGCCAGGCUCAACCCUGCUGGACUGGGCAACAAUCGCACUCUUUURUUGGUCAUGAAAAAUUAURCUUGUUCACUGCGACAGUACCUGCAAGUGUCCACACCCAGCUGUAGGCAUGGACCCCUGAUGGUGCUGCAGCUCCUGGAAGGAGUGGAUCAUCUUUGCAGGCAGGGUAUCGCCCACAGAGAUCUCAAAUCCGAUAACGUGCUGCUGGAGUUUGACUCAGAUGGCUGUCCCCGUUUAGUAAUUACUGACUUUGGCUGCUGUUUGACUCAGAAUGACUCUAGCUUACAGCUACCCUUCAACAGCAUGUGGGUCAGCAGAGGAGGAAAUGCCUCACUUAUGGCUCCUGAGGUGGCCACCGCAGUUCCAGGAACCGGAGUGGUGAUUGACUACAGUAAAGCAGAUGCCUGGGCUGUGGGGUCCAUCUCCUAUGAAAUAUUUGGACAGCAGAACCCCUUCUAUCGGACCGUAGGUUUGCAAAGUACCAACUAUCAGGAGAAAGAGCUCCCUUCUCUGCCUUCCAGUGUUCCAACUGACGUGCAUUUGGUGAUACAAUUACUUCUCAGAAGGAACCCCAGCAAGCGCCCCAGUGCUCGUGUWGCAGCUAACAUGCUGCAUCUCAGCAUCUGGGGACGGAGGGCUUUGGCCAAUCAGGAGAGAGCUGGCAUGAGGAACCUAGCAGACUGGCUGCUACACCAGUCUGCUGUAGUUCUCCUGAAAGGCUCUCGAGGACCCAGUGGAAAUCGGGUGGAAGCCCAGCUUCAAAAGUGCUUUUUGUCCAACUUGGAGCUGGAGGACCUGCGUACAGCUGUAGGCUUUCUCCUUUUUGGGCGAGAACAGCUCCACACCUGUGUCCUGUCUUCAAACAUUCACUCAAACACAGAAGUCAUGAGUGCUCCGUAGUAAUACAUUACGAGUGUAAAGUAAAAUAUCUAUCAUCAUCAAGUAUCUGCUGUGCAUUUGUUGUUUGAACUAAUUAUUGACUUCUUAAGUGAACAGAAGGAAAAUAGUUUGUCAUACACUCUGUGUAUGUAAUGAUCGGUUUGAGACGUUUUUGUGAAUUAUUAGAUGGUAUCUACACUUUGUUUUCUUUGUGUAAUUCUUCCCAAAAUGUGUGACUAAUGUCUGCAACCAGGGAAGGAAAGAAAGACUAAGGAAAAUUCAAAACAGAGGACAGUAAAAAAAAAAAUCAAUAAUUUCUGUGUUGCAAGAGAAUUAACUUCAUCGGUCUGCAGUUUGCUGAUCAAUAAGCAACAUUUAUAACUUUUAACAUCCACUAAGCUGAUGUUCAGCAGCAGCUUGAGCUGRGAUGAAAAGAAAACUACCAUCAAAUAUUGUGAUAUAAAAGUAUGUACUGCCUAGCACUAAUUUUAACUGAAAACACACUACUGCACCUCUACUGUGUAGGAUGAUGUAAUAUGUAGUGAUAAUUGACCCUUACAGCUUUUUGACUGUCUCUGUAAAAGGAUAUAUCCCU